AUGCGACCAUCAGUACUACGUCCGUGGCUGCAUAUAUCAGCACUGGGCAGAAUACCUCUUCAGCGCUCGUAUGCAGUGCAAGCUCCUGGCGCACCGACCCUGCAGGUUUUCAACGAGAGAACGAAAUGGCUUCAGAAAGAAAGAGCUGGCAGGAAUGUUGACGACAGCAGAAGCGCCGACUAUCUGAAAGAUGAGGUUGCUCAGCGCCUCGUUGACCGUUUGCUGGACAUAGAUCGCUCCUUUCCGAAGGUGCUGGAUUUGGGAGCCAACAGCUGUAACAUAGCCCGAGCAUUGUCGAAACCACCUUUGCCUGUACCUGAGGUCCCUGAGGGCUCUCCGAAGCCGAAGAUUCCAUUGUCUGAGCGCGUCAAACACCUGACUUGCGCCGACACAUCUCUCGCCAUGCUGCAUCGUGAUGACGACCUCCCACCACCCCAGGUACCAAUGACACAGACCAUUCUUCCCUCUCUCGAACAUCUGCCCUAUGAGUCCGGCUCCUUUGACGCCGUCCUCUCGUCGCUGUCUAUGCAUUGGGUCAACGAUUUACCAUCCACACUAGCCAGCAUCAACAACAUUCUCAAACCCGACUGUCCUUUCAUUGCAGCCAUGUUUGGCGGCGAUACUCUUUAUGAGCUGAGGUCAUCUUUACAACUGGCGGAUCUCGAAAGACGUGGUGGAGUUGCGCCACAUAUUUCUCCUCUUGCAGAUGUGCGAGACAUCGGAGGUCUGCUCAAUCGAGCGGGCUUCAAACUCCUGACCGUGGACGUGGACGACAUCGUGGUGGAAUAUCCUGAUACUUUUGCACUGAUGACGGACAUUCAAGCUAUGGGCGAAGGCAAUGCCAUACUCAAAUCUAUCGGCGGACCCAUCAGCCGGGAAGUCCUACUUGCCAACGAGGCCAUCUAUCGCGAGCUGCACUGUUCUGAGGGUGAGAAGGAUCGCAUACCCGCUACUUUCCGGGUGAUAUACAUGAUCGGUUGGAAGGAGGGUGCCGGUCAACAGCAGCCGCUUCCCAGAGGUAGCGGCCAGGUAAACAUCAAAGAUGUGUUGGGUGGUGGAGAUUUCCAGUAG